GUCCCCUUUAAAUCACGGAUAUGACGCAACGAAUACGAAACGGGCUUCAACGGUUAUCUCCGUCUGGACUCCAUGUAUGUGUGGCUGCGUAUGUCGCCUCCUUUCCGUCGUUAGUUUACUUCAUUUCCGACCACUGCUCACCCCCAACGCUGGCAGCAGAAUGGCAGCGGCGGCCCCCAACCCGGAGGACACCGCCAGAAGCAGUAGCAACGGUGGUGGCGGCAGCGGAACGCCCAGUGCGCUUGCCGGAGACGGAGACGCGGAAGAGGCCGAGGACUUCACCUCCUCCUCCCACUGUUCAGAGCUGUCUCGGCGGCAGAACGAGCAAAGGAAGCAGGGUUUGUUCUGCGACGUGACGCUGGCCUUCAGCAGCGGGGCGGCUACAGGUAACGUCCAGAGCUGCGAGUUUUCAGCCCACAGGUCUGUGCUGGCUGCUGCCACAGAUUAUUUCACACCACUGCUGGGAGGGCAGUUUUCCGAGUCCCUGUCCGGAAGGGUGGAGAUGAAAGAAUGGAGCUCAGAACUGGGGCCGGACCCGGAGACGGUGGAAAGUGUCAUCCAGUAUAUGUACACUGGAGAGAUACGCGUUAGCACCUGCAAUGUACACGAAGUAUUGGAGCUGGCAGACAGGUUCUUGCUGCUGCAACUGAAGGACUUCUGUGGAGAGUUUCUCAAGAAGAAGCUGAGCCUAACUAACUGUGUAGCAGUGCACAGCCUAGCUCACAUGUACACUUUGGACCAGCUGGCUCUGCGUGCUGCAGACAUGAUCCGCCGCAACUUCCACAAAGUUAUCCAGGAUGAGGAGUUCUACACACUCCCCUUUCACCUGGUUCGUGACUGGCUGUCAGAUGCAGAGAUUACAGUGGAUUCAGAGGAGGUGCUAUUUGAAGCUGUGGUGAAGUGGGUGCAGAAGAACCCAGAAGAGCGAAGCCGCUACUUUGAGGAACUGUUUCGUCUCCUCAGGCUGCCCCAGAUCAAGCCCACCUACCUGACCAGGGUGGUGAAAAAUGAACGACUAGUGGCUGCCAAUGAGGCCUGUCUCCGGCUGGUGUCAGAGGCUGUAGAGGGUCACGCUAUUCGCUUUGAAAACCUCAAGUCAGCAGAUAUGGAGUUCUGGUCCUCCCACAUGGCCUCCUUUCAGCCUCGUUUUGGCCAGAAUAUGGACGUUAUCAUGGUAGUGGGUGGAGUGUCUGAGGGAGGGGACUACCUGAGUGAGUGUGUGGGCUACUUCAUUUAUGAGGAUCGUUGGGUUAACUUGCCUCACAUCCACAACCACCUGGAUGGGCACGCCAUCGCUGCUACAGAGUCCCACGUCUAUGUAGCUGGUUCUAUGGAGCCAGGCUUUGCUAAGACGGUGGAACGUUACAACCCAAAUCGCAACACUUGGGAGCAGGUGAGCAACUUAACCACACGUAAGCACUCUUUUGGCCUAACCUGCAUUAAGGAUAUCCUGUACAGCAUUGGCGGUCAUGGCAAUUUCAGUCCAGGUUUCAAAGAUGUUAGCGUGUAUGAGCCUGAGCAGGACAAGUGGCACAAUCUGGAAUCUGCUCCCAAGAUCCUGCGAGAUGUGAAGGCAGUGAGUGUUGAGGAUCGCUAUGUGUAUGUCACGGCACGCACACCUGUGGAUACGGAUAAUGAGGAUGGAUUGAAGACUGUAACCACUCGGUAUGACACAGAGAGUCGUCAGUGGCAGGAUGUUGACUCCUUGCCACUUAUUGAUAACUACUGCAUCUUCCAGAUGGCUGUGGCUUCCACUAAUUUCUACCACACAGCCUCCUGCUGCCCCAAAAGCUACACAGUGCGGGAUGAGGUUGCCAGACAGAAGAUUAGUGUGCGCAUAUCUGACGAGAUUCUUGAGAGCCUGCCACCAGAGGUAACCAGCAUCGAGGGUGCUGCUAUCUGCCACUUUGACGAGGAUGUGUUCAUUAUUGGAGGCUGGAAGAACAGCGAUGACGUGGACAAGCAGUACCGCAAGGAAGCCUACCGCUACUGUGCUGAGAGGAAGCGUUGGAUGCUGCUGCCCCCCAUGCCUCAGCCUCGCUGUCGAGCUACCGCCUGCCAUGUCCGCAUCCCGUACCGUUUCCUGUAUGGCUGCCAGCGGUAUCCAAUGCCCCAGAACCUGGCUCGCCAGAGAGAUCGCAUGCAGCAGAUGCAGCAGCUUCAUCGCCGCACCCUCACCUUGCGUCGGCAGCUCCAGUCGCAGAUAGAGUGCUGAACAAUUCAGCAUCCGCUCCAUCCAUGUACUCCGUAGCUCUGUCCGAAGAUUUACAGCAAAACCUCAUCCCACCGCAGCCAUCACUGACACCCACUCAUACAAAAAAAAAAAAAAAAACUACGGUGCAACAUGUUGCUUUCAGUCUGGAUUUCAUUCAUUUAACAUUCUAGCAUUCACUUUCAUGCUGUGUUGUAUUGAUAACUGAUCUGUGUAAGCCAUGAAUUGUGUGGGCAGGUGUUAGUUGGUGGUCUGUGGGAAGGGUAAGGUGGAUGUAAACAUGUGAAUAAGAGUGUUAUUUAGCAGCCAAAAACUUAAUAUGCUUUAGCUUUUUAUGUUGGUAUAGAUGCUGUUUAUCUAUUUGUACAUAAAUAGUAUAAAGCUAUAUAUGUAUACAUUUCUAUAAUAUUUUACAUUCCUUUAUUGUAUGCCUGUAGUGAGGAAAAAUAUGUGACAUCAGUAAUAAUUGCAUUCCUACAUUCUUAAUGAAGCCUCAUCAUUCCAUUGUAACACUGUGACAAUCUCCUCAUGGAAGUGUAACAUCAGUCCAAAAGCCUAACUUAGUAGUUUUAUUAGAAAGGUUCUGCUUAUUAUUUUACAGCUUCAAUAUUUAAUGUGAAUUUGACAGAAAGGCUGUUUUUAUUGUAAAAAAAAUAUCUUGUCUGCCAUUUCUACUCAACAGCUAUACAGUGUAUUUUGGUAAUAUUUGUUCAUUGUGUAACACUUGCAAGGCUUCUCCAGGUUUCUGAAGAGAUGAAAUAAUGAGCAAACGGUAAAAUCCUAAAAAGAUGUGACAAGAUCUUAUAAAAUCAUUCCUUUAUGACAUUUAAGCAUUCUAUUCUGCCACUGCAUUGAGCACCAAAUCACUGCUAAUGGCUUAAUCAUUCCUCUUUUUGCACUUUUGUGCUCUAUUUAUAAAUGAAUUCCCAUUCAUUAAAUAUGAAAUGUAGAAAAUGUUUAUAUGUGUGAGUGAAGGAAUGCUUAAGAGUUGCGUUUGCACAAGUUCAGUUAUCGCUCUGCAAAGAAUGACAAAAGUAUCCCUGGAUCUGCACUUUUCAACAUCUAAUUGUAAAGUCUUAAAGAGGCAUAUAAGUUAAAAUUGCUACUGCACUUUGACUUUGCAUAUUUCAUUUGUGUCAUAUCAGACAAAGUGAUUGUAUUUUGGAAAUGCUUUUUAAACCGGCCUCCAGGAAGUAAGAUUUAAUCUUUGGAAAACAAAAAAAGUGUUAUCAGUAUGACCAGGAUUGUUUCAAACAUUAAAUGUUUUGUUAAAUCCUCUUUUGAUGUAAUUCACUUCCAGUCAGGUGUAUACUGGACAGGGGAUGUGCUGUUUAGUUGUCUCCUGUUGCUCACCAAAGAGACUUAGAGAUGGAAUGAAAAAGGAAUCACACUUAAAGGCAAAACAAAAGGGAAUUGAUAUAUAAAUGUGUUUUGACUGACAUUCAGAAUCAGCCUGUGAAGUGCUUAGUACAGCAUCAAGGUUACAGAGCGCAGAAAUGAUAUUCAUUUCCACUUUAUGACCAAUAUAAAUAGCACUGCAAAUAUUAACUGAAAUAAGCUAUGUAUUUGUUUUGCAUGUGAUAUCCUCAUAUUGUGUCCUUAUAUUGGAUGUAAGAAAUGCUAAUAUCAUCACUUGCAAUUAAAGUUGUUUUGUAAGACCGA